GUGAUGACUGAUGAUAAGUGGCCAUAGGAGAUGUUCCUCUAUAAUAUAUUGGGCUACCCAUUAAACCUCCACAAGGUGAGAUAUUCAUCACAUGGAGUGUGAGUAGUUGUGUAAGAAAUACGAAAACUCAAUUUUCAUGUUUUGUUUAUAAGUGAUGAGAGCUGUUGAGUAGAAAGUUUUCUUUCUCCAACCAAAACCCCAGUGGGCUUUGAUCUUGAAAUCCUCCCACUCUCAAUAUUCUAUGGGAAAUAUUGCAUAAAUGGUAAGUCGCAACCUUCCCAAGUUCUUCCAUUUCUCCCACUGAAACUCAUGUAUUGGAACUUCGAAAGCGUUCUUCCCCAUCUCUUGCUUCACAAUGAAUACGCCGUUCCAGUGCUUCUCUAAUCCUUCUUUAGGACUUUAUUGGGUACCUAAUCAAGAUUUUAGAUCUGGGUUCAUGGUUUGUCUGGAUUAGUUCUUACCCACUUGUUUUUGAGCAACUGAAACGGCUUUUGUUCUUCACUUAGCAACGAGAACAAGAGAUGCGGAGCUCAAAUCUCUUUGUGAAGUUUGGUUCAUGGAGAGGGAUACGCAGGUUUAUCUUCAUAAUCAAGGGAGAAACGGAAAUGAAACUAGGAAAACUAUAGAGAUUGUGAUCCAGAAGAUUAAUGAAGAAAUGAGAGAGAUAAGGGAGUCGUCGGCAGAGUCCUCUGUUGUGAGAUACAGUGCUUUCCUUGCAGACAUUUUGGGUUUGCUAGAGUCUGCUCAGGCAUCUCUGCCACAGAUUGCAGAAACCCAUCAGAUACAGAAUGGAAUUAGUGCUAUCCAUCCUCUGUUCAAGCCCUCUCAAGAAUCUGAUGAGCCCGGCAAUUAUUUCCUGGUGGAAGAGAUCAGAAAGUAUGUGAAAAUGAAACCCAAUCGAUUAGGCAAACAAAACUUCAUGGGAGCAAAUGGGACCUUCACCAGCAUCGGUCAUGCUUGUUUCUCCAUGAAAGCAGAGCUUGAAGAAUACAUGGAUUACGAUGUGGGGGACAUUUGCAAUGACGAUUGGAAGCUCGCUCAAAAGCUUAUUGUUCAUGGGUGCGAUCCAUUGCCCAGGAGGAGAUGUUUCUCAGUAACUCCAAAGUUCUAUACCAGGCCCUUCGCCAUUAAUGAAUCUCUGUGGAAGCUACCUGACGACCGAAAUGUUCGAUGGAGUCAGUAUAGAUGCAAAAACUUCACUUGCCUGGCUAGGAACAACACGAAGAAGGGGUUUUUCAAGUGUGCAGAUUGCUUUAAUCUGGUGGAUCAUGAGAUGCCCAGAUGGGUUAAACCUGUCGAUGUGAAUCCAAGUUCAAAUCUAACUACAGAUUUCCUUAUACCUGAAGUACUGGGUAUCAAGCCCGGGGAGAUCAGGAUUGGACUGGAUUUCAGUGUUGGUACUGGAACUUUUGCAGCUCGGAUGAGAGAGUUCAAUGUCACUAUAGUCUCAGCCACCAUUAAUCUAGGGGCUCCCUUCAAUGAGAUGAUUGCGCUGCGAGGGCUCAUUCCUCUCUACUUGACUAUAAAUCAAAGGCUCCCCUUCUUUGAUAACACUCUCGACCUCAUCCACACUACGAGAUUUCUUGAUGGUUGGAUCGAUUUUCUGCUAUUAGACUUCGUCUUGUACGAUUGGGACCGUGUUCUGAGGCCUGGCGGUCUACUUUGGAUUGAUGACUUCUUCUGUUUAAAGGAGGAUUUGAAUUAUUUUUUGGAGUCCUUUAAGAUGAUAAGGUACAAGAAGCAUAAAUGGGUGAUUGUGCCAAAGCUUGAUAAAGAUGAUAGAGAGGUCUUCUUUUCUGCAAUUCUAGAGAAGCCACUUAGACCAUUCUGAUAACCACAUCAGAAUUAUAAUUUCGAUUCUGGAAUCUCUUCAUAUAUUACCAUUGUUUAAUACUUCAUUCUAGUAUUCAAAUUGUCUCUUUUAGAAAGUUCUGUUUUCUCAGAAAGGAACUAUGAAAUGGGGAGUUUUGAAAGACUCAAUAGUUGAAACAGAACAGAUGCUCAAAGGUAGUUUCUUCUUUUUUUUUA